GUCCUCGACGACCCAGUCUCCCGAUAUCCGAGGCGCAAGCAGUCGCGAGAAGCAGCAGAUAACUUAGUCGCAAUGUCGUCCGGAGUCAACGUCCUCCGGUACUCCGCGCUCGGCCUCGGCGUGUUCUACGGCUUCUACCACCAGCGGAGCAUCACGGCCGCGGAAAAGAAGGCGGCGGCGCAGAGGGAGUACGAGCACAAGCAGGACCUAAUAAACAAGGCCAAGGAAGCCUACGCCAAGUCCAAGCAGCCCGCGGCUCAGACGACGUCAGCGUCUGCAGGACUGAACCAAGACCUGACGGACCCUAAGUUCGACCUCGAAUCCUUUGUCGAGGGGCUGAUGAAGGCUAAAUAACCUGCCCGCUACCUAGCCGACAGCAGCAGAACAACUAAAAGCCGCCAGAAAGGUCCAGCGCAUGGUAUCUGAGGCUCGGCCAUGAUGAUGGCAUGAUGCUCUAAGAUCUCAGGUGCCAGGGGGCUGGAGCUGGGGGGAAAUCAAACCACGGCCGGAUCGAACCACGGCCCCGAUCGGUGAACGGCGCAGGAGUCGGCAGCGGGGACAUGUCUGCAUCUUCUUGCCUCUGCUAGGAACCACUAUCAAGCCGGUUAGUCACCCGGUUGUUGGGGAUAUAGACAAAUGACUAGGCAAGCGGGCAGCGCGGGCAUAGUGUAUUAUUUGUUUUGCGGUUACGCGUCGGCAAUCAUGGCAUAGAGAUGUUCACCUUUUUGUGUUCUAAUUCUUUCCCUUAUAGGCUCAUAUCAACUACGCUGUACAUGUGUACAAAUACAGACUCAUAGAUCGUGGGACAGUCAUUAUAUCCUCUGC